CAGUACAAGUUGAGCAGUCAUACAGACACAAUCUAAGUCCACAAAAAUCAUUCUCAAUUGCAGGGAUUUUCUAAACACAUACCAGCUACUAAAUCUCACAUUGAACCUGGCUUGGCAUUCAACAGCUGACAAAAUGCCGGAGAGACAAAUUCCACCAGUUAUCAGUCGAUUGGAGGAGUUCGAGCAGCACUUGCCAGGAUAUUUGGGCACGCACUUAAAGCUGGCAAUUUUACUGGACUACGAUGGCACCUUGGCGCCCAUUGCGGACAAUCCUAACAAGACUAAAAUACCUUCGGAAUUGGAAGCCAUAUUGCACAAGUUGGCCAAGCAUCCACAAAUCUUUUUGUCUGUGAUUUCUGGCCGUGCACUGAAGGAUGUGCAGGCGCAAGUAAACAUCGAUGGUGUUACCUAUGCGGGCAAUCAUGGACUCGAAAUUGAGCAUCCAGACGGGUCACGUCACGAUUACGAGUUGCCCGCUGACAUAAAGAAGAACUACAUGGCCAUGGUCGAGGAGCUGAAGCAGCGAUUAGAGAAGAAUGGCGCCUGGGUGGAGGAUAAACGUGUCUCACUCACGUAUCACUAUCGGGACACUCCCGUUGCACUCAAGGAUGAGCAAAAGAAGCUGGCAAUAGAAAUCUGUCAACGUCAUGGUUUCCAUGCCAAUCAGGCCCAUGAGGCCAUCGAGGCAAAGCCCCCAGUCAAUUGGAAUAAGGGCGAGGCAGCUCUCCACAUCCUGAACAAAAAAUUCGGCGACGAUUGGUCAAAGGAGGUUCUCGUUGUAUUUGCGGGUGACGAUACCACCGAUGAGGAUGCCAUGAGGGUGCUGAAGGGCUUGGGCCGCUCCUUCCGUAUUGCAGAUGAUGCUCAGGUUGAAACCUUCGCUGACUUCCGAUUGCCCAAACAGGAUCUGAUGACGGAUCUGCUCCGAUGGAUAGCUUCUGCCUAUGUAUCUGAGAUCUAGAACAUAUUAAUGAAUUUAUGUUCAAUGAAACAUUAUAUUUACAAUUGGUCACCAUAUGAAUUUCUAAUGAGAAGAAUGAAGAAACUGAAAGCAACGAUGCCCACUGUUUCAUAAAUAGUUAUUCACUUCCUUCGGCUCUAAUAAAUAAUCAACUUUAUUAUAAGCAAACCAAGGAGCUGUAAUUUUUAUUAUGCUUAUUGAUCAAUCGUAAACAUGUUUACAAUGGUUCAACAUCGGCCAAUAGCACUUGAACAAUGAAUGAAAUCUUGCAAGUCAAAAGCAAUAAAUUCCUGGUGAGAUGUG